CGCAGACGCCACUUCCGCCGGGGCCGCAGGAUGAGGCUGUCGCUGGCGGCGGCGAUCUCGCACGGGCGCGUGCACCGGCGCUUCGGGCUCGGGCCGCGCUCGCGCCUCGACCUGCUGCGCAACCUGGUCACGGCGCUCGUGCGGCACGAGCGGCUCUCGCUGCCCUGGGCGCGCGCCGACGAGGCGCGCUUCUACGCCGACCGGCUGAUCGACUACGCGAAGCGCGGCGACACGGACGAGCGCGCCAUGCAGAUGGCCGACUUCUGGCUGACGGAGAAGGACCUGGUGCACAAGCUGUUCAAGGUGCUGGCCUUGCGUUUCCGGGACUACAGCAGCCCUUAUACGCGACUGCUGCAGGUUCCCAAAGGCAAGAACCUGGACCGGGCCAAGCUGGGCGUGCUGGAGUACAAGGGGAACCCGCUGCCCCCGCUCGUCCAGCACAGGGACCUGGAGAAGACCCUGCUGAACCAGCUGCUGAAGGGCUGCCGGGAGGAGGUGCUGCAGCGCCCCCAGGGCACGGCUGUGUAAGGCAGCGCCUCCCUCCGGCCCGGGUGCAACCGAGCAGCACCCUGAGGUGCAGAGGAGGCUGGACCUGCUAAGUAAAGGCUUUCCUCAGGCAGGAGUGGAGAGUCCCGUUUCCACGCUGCCUGUGCACAACGCACGGCCCCUCUCCGUAGUCCCUGCCCUCUGGUUUUGUCUGCGUUACUGUGCAGGGAGCGGAGGGUCAAGUCUUUCUCUGUGUUAGGAGCAGAGACCCAGGUGGCCAGAGCAAUGAAGCUGAAUGCGUUACCAAUUAUCACUGUGUAAAUAAACCUGGUUUUUCAGGAGA